CCGUACAGUGCGUUCCGUCAAUUCAACAAAAUGUUGGUGUUAAUUAUCUACCUCUGCUUUACAACCACGGUCUUUGGAGAAGAUUGCGUCUUCGACAUCAAAUCACCCAACACCCCCAUAGUCCUCGACAGCGACUUAAACUUCGUAACUUCUUACACCCAAGACACCAUCCACUUCACAGCAGGUGAACACUUUUACUUGAAGUGCCCUUCCGGCACCACCAGCACGAUCAUCUCCGAAACCAUCGACCUCGUAGUGUGCAUUGGAGGGGUCCGGUUCUACCACACUGGACUCGGAAAAGAACUAUUCUUCGACAAACUCGGCUGCAAAGACGUCCAACCAGCGCACGCCCUAAGACAACUGGACCAACCCUGCGCUAACAACUUCACAACCAUCCAACUCGGAAUCGAAGUCAACUAUACCUUCAUCCCCGAAUUCCUCGUCUGCUUCGACACGGUCCACCUGGUUCCAUUCUAUGCCGAGUUUAGCAAAACCUCGUACGACUGUCACGUGGAGAAUUCUUGCGACGACAAGUACAACUACUUCGUGGACGCUGGCGAUGUCUACGGUGUCGACCUCGACUUGCUGUACCAAGAAGCGGGAGACAUUUUGCAAGAUCUUGCCCCCUUCAACAUAAGCUACACUCAGCUGGUUCCUAAGCGGUACUUCCUGAACCCUGCACAGUGGUACCCGACUUUCGACUACGUCAACUUUGUGUUCAGCUGGGUUCCUUAUUCGUGGUUUUCGCCCUAUUCUUUUUGCACGAAUUAUUUAGAGGUGGGUUCGGUUAUCUACAACGGGGUUCUGGGGGUGUCUGCUAAUAAAAACGACGACGGGGAAUAUGUUAACCUCUAUCUUUUUAAUGGUACUGUUCCCAUUCCGAAGUGGUACUGGUGUGUGUUUUAUGACGUUGCGCCUGAAGUGGAUGGGCGAUUUUACAUCGAUUUUGGGACGCCGUAUUCGUCCAUUCCUGUAGCGGAAUUGAAGGAUUGGUGGAACACGGAGCUGUGUAUCGCAGAUACUUUUGACUAUAUAGAGGAAGGUACCUUCUUUUAUGGCAACUGUACCUUCGAGGAAGUUAUUAAUCCACAGUUGCAAAAUUUUAUUGAUUUCAAGUGGCCGGGGGCGAGGACAGUUCCCACAACCACAACCACACCAUCAUGAAAUACUGCUUUGUCAAUUUAAAUACCAUGGUGUUACUAAGUUCACUGUUUUUUUUGUAUACGUAUAUAUGGCAAUAAAAUAUGGUUUUUAUUA